AUGUGGUAUCGUACUACGAAUCUGUGGACCUUGAAGAACAUGGGAGAUAACUUUAUCAGUAAGGCUCACUUGAGGAGAGAGAUUGUCAUCGGUGCUUUUCAUCGACAAAAACAAGAGCAAAACGUCAAAGGAAGCUUCGUUGUAAGUCAACAUCUGGUACUUAAAUUGGAGCAAAAAAGAGUUAAUUGUUUGAAUCUCUGUUUCCACUUUACUUUUUAAAAGUUUACUUAAACGUUAUGUUUUGAUUAUUUAAAGGUUGUACAAUUCAUCGGUGAUACACUACUUCCUCACGAUUUGUAUUGUACCAGUUUCAACAAAAAUGGAAAUAAACUUAUCUCCCACGCCUUGAUUCAACGCAUUCAUCAAGGAAAACGUGGUGCCAAUGACGUUUGUUCAUGGGCUGGUCAUAUUGCAGAAUGUGAAGUUAUAACAGAUGACGUAGAUACUAUUGGGUAAGCUUUUAACUUGCUGUCUUGUAUUCAGUAUAUUAUUGUAACUCCAAAUUAUAAUCUAACUAUUACUUUUUAACGUAACCCCUCUCACCUUCUUUCAGUCUGUCAACCGUAUCAUCGCCAGAAUCCUCAGAAAUCUUAACCAUUCCAAUAGAGAAGCCGCACGUAGAAGAAAAGAAACACAAACUUGUAGUGUGUGUAGCUCCCAUGUACAUCUACACUGACUGGAAGAUCAUGGUCACUGGUAUAGAAACUUGGCUUGCCCUAGGAGCCACUAAGAUCAUAGUCCCCAUCCAGUCAAUAGCCAACAUAUCUAUGAACAUUCUACAGCAAUACGAAAGAGAUGGCAUCGUAACCACUAGGCCAUGGCCCAAAUGGCCAGUGCUAUCAGAUACCAAUCCAAACGGGCUAGUCCUUUCUCGUGGGAUUGAAGAAUCUCACGUUAACUGUCUACACUUCGUGAAGCCAUUUGCUGAAUUGGUGGCGUUCACAGAUAUUGACGACAUGCUGAUACCUCCAGACCCAUCCAAGAUCCAAGGUGGUGACAAUCUGGUCCUCCUACAGGUACAUUACAGUUUUCUCAAUUGUUAACUCAAAAAAGCGUUUCAUCUUGAAAACAAUGUCAUAAUUUAGAAUUUGUUCUCUGAACAUCCACAAGCGGGCUCUUUACUAUUCGAACAUCGUGAUGUACAGUUCGUAUUGCCACCAGAAAAACAAACAGAAACAUUAAGCAAAUUCACAUUCGACUUCUUACAUAACACACAAUGGAAGCAGAACUGCUUCAUCUGGAGAAUGAAGACCAGAGUUGUGGUCAAUGCCAGUAAGUAACAUAAUAUCGUUUUUAAAUGUAGCAAAUUCGAAUAGAAAAACUAACUUAAAAAAAUCGUAUAUUAGCUACUAAAAACCUUAACAAAACAAAGGAAACAAAAAUGCAAUGCCCUAUAUGCAAGACCUUAUAACAAAAAUAGAUAAUAUAAACUUACACUUGCAGGUAGAGUUGACACUGUAAAUAUGCAUGAAACAGGCAUUCAUCGAAUGGGAUAUGUCCAAGUACGUGUCCCAUGCCGUAAAGGACAUUUCUACCAUCUCAGACACUCCUACAAGAACACAGCAACAGGUCAGUGGAAGGUGGACAUGACCAAUCUAUCAGAUAUGUUAAACAAACAAUGGCAGAAUAGACUUACCGGCCCUCUGGAGCCCUUAGCCAAUGAAGUCUUGGCCAAAUCAGCUACUGAAUCAUUCGAAGACCUUGACAAAUGCGUGAUGAAGGUUACAGACGAACAUUUCACGCUGAAGGUCUCCAGAUGCAUGACUCCACACGUUUGUUUCACUAGAAGAGCAACGUGAGUAAUAUAAUUUUUUUAAAAUAAUAAUUCGUCAUUAAAAGUAAGCCUAUAGUAAAAGCACUCAACAUAUAAUGUAUUCAUAAUAAAUUCUUACCUAAUUUAAACCAUUAACUUCAGAAACAGCAGUUGUGUAGCCACAGACGCCAACUACGGCUUUGCACGAUCUGGCAGCGACUUCAUCAUCAACACAUUGGACACGCAGCUGGUAUCCAGCACCAUGAACUGUGACGCACCUCUCCCACGAUUUACUUCCGGUUCUCACUUCUAUCUCCCGUAA